AUGGGGCGGGGCCGGGGGCGGGGCCAGUCCCGGGGCGGGGCUUGGAGGCGGAAGCGGCGGCGUUCGGCGCCCCGCGCCCCUCAGUGACUUAACGCCGGGUUCCUGCUCAGGCCCGGCCGCCUCCCGGCUUGGGGAGCCCAGCGAGGUCCGUCCCGAGCCGGAGCGCAACUUGCAGAAGAGAGACGCCCCAGCAAGCCUCUUUCGGGGAACCCUCCAGCUCCUCGCCCCAUGGGCCAGACGGCCCUGGCGGGGGGCAGCAGCAGCGCCCCCGCCCCACAGGCCCUGUACCCCGAUCACUCUUGUCCCAAAGGCUUGGAGGAGCUGCUCUCCGCUCCCCCUCCGGACCUGGGAACCCAACGGUGCCACGGCUGGAACCCCAAGGACUGCUCGGAGAACAUCGAGGUCAAGGAGGGGGGCCUGUGCUUUGAGCGGCGGCCCGUGGCCCAGAGCACCGACGGGGUCCGGGGGAAGAGGGGCUACUCGAGCGGCCUGCACGCCUGGGAGAUCAGCUGGCCGCGCGAGCAGAGGGGCACCCACGCCGUGGUUGGUGUGGCCACGGCCCGCGCCCCGCUGCAGGCCGACCACUACGCGGCGCUGCUGGGCAGCAACAGCGAGUCGUGGGGCUGGGACCUUGGGCGGGGGAAGCUAUACCAUCAGAGCAAGGAGCCCGGGGCUCCCCAAUAUCCACCCGGACCUCAGGGUGAGCAGCUGGAGGUGCCGGAGAGGCUGCAGGUGGUUCUGGACAUGGAGGAGGGGACUCUGGGCUACGCUAUUGGGGGCACCUACCUGGGGCCAGCCUUCCGCGGACUGAAGGGCAGGACCCUCUACCCAGCAGUAAGCGCUGUCUGGGGCCAGUGCCAGGUCCGCAUCCGCUACCUGGGCAAAAGGAGAGCGGAGCCACACACCCUGCUGCACCUGAGCCGCCUGUGCGUGCGCCAAGCUCUGGGGGCUACCCGGCUGGGCCAGGUAUCUGCGCUGCCCUUGCCCCCUGCCAUGAAGCGCUACCUGCUCUACCAGUGACCCUGUGACACCAGAUUUGGGGGCCUUGAUGCUACACCUCCCCCGGGGUACUACUGGUUGGACCAGCUACUUAAAACCAGUGAGGCUGGGCCCCUAGCCCCAACCCAGGCUCUAGGGAACCGAACACCCGAGCCACCCAGCAGGUGAAGAGAAGGAGCUGUUAUUCAAGACUGUGGCGCCUGGUACACAAGAUGGUUUUUUCCCCAAGUAAAAAUAAUGAGACCUGCUGUUG